AUGAGUAACUGCAUCAAACAUAGCCUUCGCUUGAUUAGACUGCUUUACAAGACGUACAAUCACAGAGACAUCCGAAACGUAUGUGACUUCGAACUGCAGUACGGACUGUUGUGCGGAGAAGACAACAUUCUCCAUUUUGCAUGUUAUGUUUGCCAGGAAAUAGGGCUGCUGGCAGGAACAGCUGAUGGCGCGAUUCAAAGUGACGGGUCGAAAACAGCCUCUGCUGAUGAUAUAAAACAACUGCUGACAGAAUUGGAGGUGCUACUGAAUGAAUUAAUUAGUCGUCGUGUAGAGGAAAGACGCUCCUACAUCUCGUCGAUUUGCUCUAAACAGUUUUCCAAUGUAGGUUUGGUGUAUGGCCACGCAAGAGGCGCAGGACCCCUUAUGCGACCGUGGUGUAGUACACCUGCUGAGGAAUUGAUCAACAAUGAGGGCGUGUUCCAGGAAUAUGCGCUGCCGGAUGACACCGUCAACUCCAUAAGGAUACUUUCGAGCAGUCUCUGCGAUGAAUAUAAUGAGCGGUGGAAUUUGUACCUUGUAAGAUUCGACGCUCUCCUCAAGGUUUUCCUCCAGUCGAAGAACCUAAAGGACAAUGACGCCCUGAGAACGCUGCUACUUGUCAUUCACCACUGGCGUAAUGGUGGCAGCACAAGGUUGAAGAAGUUCAACAUUUACGACGUCUACAACGCAAGGCGUGAUGUUCUUGAAGUUCGCAAGGCAUACGACGGAUCACCGCCAUUAAGCCUCGUCAAGCUCUACUCCGAGCAUUCUGCGGUCCCGCCAGAAGGGCAGUUGACGUCGUUCAUUAAAAGGGUACAAAUAUCUGAGCCGACCCACCGGCUUGGGAUACCUGAAGGGUUUUCUACCAAGAGGUUUUACAAAAAAUUUUCCAGGCAUUAA